AUGCCUCUCUCAAUCUCUGCUUCUGACGUCCUCGGCUGCCCCUCUACCUACCACCUCCUUAAAGUAAACUGUCUCGAACCUUUGGAUCCUCUUAGCAUAUUCCUCUCCAAGCAUAAUGACCUGGAAUACUCUCAUCAGACAAUGCUCUCCCCGCUAAGCCUGGCUGCUCUUGAAAACCAGAUCGACGUUGUUCAUUUUCUGAACCGCUUUCAAGAAGAGAAUGUACAGAAAGACCGAGAUCUUGCCUUAUUCUUAGCCAACCGCCAGGGGCAUAGAGAAAUGGCUAUUCUGCUGGAAAGCUUAAAAGCAAACCCGGCACGAGAGUCUUCUCCUAAUGGUUUACAUGGUGCCGCCUGGCGAGGGCUAAAUAAUCGGAUACGGCAUUAUAUCCUCAAGGAUGGAGCCAGUCCUGAGGUUACCGAUGGAUCAUCUGCAACGCCAGUCCUAUAUGCUAUACUUGGGCCACAAGACGAACAAGGCGCCUGGGAGACUAUUAAGGUGCUCCUCCAAUUAGAAGCCAGUCCUUUGGCUACAUUUGGCAGUCAGGAUUUGAGUUAUGCCGAUAUUGCAAGAAUGGAAGGGAAGAAGGAUUUGGCAGAAAAGCUUGAGGAAGCAUGUCCUUCACCAACUAUUCUGAAUUCGAGUCGCGAAUCAAGCUGCACGCCAAGGGGGGGCAAAGAAAUCCAGCCUCACAACAAGCGGCCACGAGAAGAUUCGGAAGUUGAUGGAGGAGCCAAGCGAGCAUGUAGAGUGGAAAGAUGUGCAAGCGAGGCGGACAUCAGUGUAUCUUAA